AUGACUGCGAUACGCCUACCGCAGAGGGCUCUCACGCCGGCCAGGCUGGGACCUUUUAGCGCGUUUUCAACUUCAUCGCGCUUCCCAUCAUGCAACGGAAAGUCGUCAUCUUUCAAGCCUCGCUCCAUUCUCCAGGCCGUAGCGCCCCACGCGCAGUCGCAGGCGAGCGUCGCAACGGUCGUCGACCAAUCAAGGAGCAGCAGCGACGAAGGGAAUGUGAGCGACGGGCCUUCCGGCGAAUCGGAGUUGGAGGCGCGGCGGAAGCAGUGGGAGUCGGAACGGCUGCGGCUGAUCAAAGACGCCACGGCCGCCGCGGUGUCUUCGUACGAGGAGCGAAUCGCGAGGAUCGAGGUGGAUCAGACGGCUGAGAUUGCGACGAUGCGACGCGUGGCGGAGAUCGAGGGGCAGGUCAUGCGACGGCAAUCGCAGGAAAUGUCGGGAUUGAGGGAGGAAAUCGAGGCGCUCACAAACGAGUUGGUUCUGACGAAGGAGGUCACGGAGCACGUGAUGAAGCAGCGCAGCCGCCGCGAGGAGGAGCUGGCGGAGAUUAAAGCGCAGAUCGCGGCGCAGGCUAAGAAGGUCGAGGAGGAAAGGGCGCUCUACGCGGGCGUGCGGAAGGCGCUAGCGGCGGAGUGGGGGAAGGUACGGGAGACGAGUUCUGAGUUGGAGCGGAGGCGGGGGGAGGUGGAGGAGGAGAGGGGGAAGCUGAAGGCGGAGGUUGCGCGGGUGGAGGCAGAGGAGGGGGAGGCGGAGGAGGAGAGGCGCGCGGAGGAGUGGGCGAGGCUGCAGGGGGAUGUGAGUAGAGCGGAGGAGCUGCAGCGGAGGGAGCGGGAGGAAGGGGAGGGUGGAAGGUACCAGGCAGGGGAAGCGAUGGGAUCAGAGACGGCUGUCUGGCUGUCUGCUGCUUUGGAGGGAAUGAAGACUGAGAGGGAGCAGCACCAGCCUGAAGUGGCAACAGCAAUAGCCACAGCAGCUGAGCUCUCAGGGCGAGUCGCAUCGUUUGAGUCUUCCUUGCUGGAAGUCCGCCGAGCCAUAGAGACCACCAGAGCUACUCUCUUUCAGGCCAAACUCCGGGCAGAAGAAAAAUCUGCAGUUGUGCGGGAGCUUCGCUCGCAGCUGGAGAGGGUGGAGCAGGAACGGGAAUCGGUCGAUGUGGAAAGUUUUCGGGAGCUGACCGCACAGUUAAUAGAUGCGAGGAGAAUACUGGAGGAGGAGGAUCGGCAGCAGAAAGAAAUGGCUGCUCUGCUUGGGAGAAUGACGGAGGAAAUUCCAGGUUUGGAAAUGCAGCUGGCUGAGGUUCGGGAGGCCCUGGCAGAGGAGAGGAAGGCUCGGGAGCAAGAGGUUGGGAAGCUAAGAGAGUCAGUGGCGGUGGCUCGGGCCGAUGCUGCAGAGGCUCGGGUGAGAUCGGUCCGGGCCGAGGCUCCUCUUGUUGCUGCUUUGGAGGAGGUGCGGAGACGGCACAAGGAGGAGGUUCGGGAACUGGAGGCGAGACUGGAGAAACUCGUGGUUCGGGAAAUUGGAGCAAGGCGGCUACAGGGACUUCAAGAACAGGUGUGA